AUGGAUGGAGGCGUUGGGUAUAUAAGCGUGCCCGGCGCUCGACUCUCCCUCGGCCGUGCGAAUCUCAGUCCAAGCCUCUCCUCCGAUCUCCGGUCCGAUCACCUCCACGCGACGCCAGGCGCCCCAUACUCGGCUCCCCGCCACAUCCCUCCCCGACCCCGAACCAGCCAAUCACUGUCCUCUCAAAUCCCCAAACCGGUUCGCUUCGUGCCUGCUUGUAAGGACCCCGGCCACCGCCCACAGCACCCGCCACCCGCUGCCAUCCCGCCGUCGUCCCACAUCGCCGCACUGCGACGAAACACAGCCCGCGCAGCCUCCCCGCCCUCGUGCGCCUCCCGCACGCACCGCCCCAUCGUGCGCCCUCCUCGUCGUCCCCCGUAA